GUUCUAUUACGACCAACGAACGAAACAGCAAGACCACACUACCCAGGUCCCGCGCUACCUGACCUUCGUCUUCCCGGGACCGCUGUGACUCUCCCGCAACUAUUAUCAUCAUCACCACUCCUCAUCGGGUGUCGCUGUGACGCUGGCUUUUUGCCCCUCACUACCCUCCUGAGCUCACAGCGUCCUUUCGACUGUAGGGCUCUCGUCCUCGGCCGUCUGUACGUAUGGGGCCAUCUAUACUUGUGCUUGGCAAAGCCGGACCUUGACGGAGAGAGACCCUACAAAGUUUCUCCUUGCGGCGGUGGAGGAGUGAGGAUUUGGGGACGUCAUGAGUACUCCACCAUUAGGACCUCCCGCCAACCCAAAAGGUGCUCGAGAUGUUGGUCGACUUCAACGUCGCUCGCCCAGGAGCCCAGGCGCGAUCCCAUCUUCGACCACAGCCCCUCUUCCCAGCCGCCCCAAAAUCCCUUUCCAUGGCCAACCUUCAUCACCGAGAAUACCUAACGAAUCGUCUACACGAGCUGGCAAUGAAUCUCCUCGAGAAGACUCCCGAGCCAAGCAGAAUACCUCGGAAAAUGCCAAGCGAGUCGAUAACUCGGCGGAAGAAAUUGCUCGACUGAGAGAAGCAGUCAAUGCGAGAAUCUCUUUGAAUAACCGAGAGCGCUUAGCAAGGCAGAACAAAUCACACUCUACUCACACCAGCGCGCCCUCGACGGAUCUUCAUGGCGCCUCUCCCAGCACCGACGAGUUCCUGGCUGCUGGCUAUGCCUCCCUCGAAGCUGCCUUUAUAAGCCCGCCACCUACGGGCUCACGAACUACCUCAACUGAGUCGAAUGCGACUGUCCGAGGGGGCGAAAUCGGGGGCACUCCUGAUCCAUCUCGCGUGCUCACGCCGUCAUACCCCUUUCCCUAUGUGCCUGCGGCACAACCAAGGCUCCCCACCACUCCUUUCCAUCGGCCAUUUACUGCCCUUUCCCCCACGGGCUUGCCGCCUUGGUUGGGGUCAAGUCGCCCGGAUGAAAUGGGAGAACAUCCAACCGUGCCAUCUGGGCCCGCCACGCCUCGGUCAACCAUGACCUUCCUUCCGCCGAGCAUCUCCGGCUUCUCUGGUGGCACCGAACAUCCCAGCCCAAGCUUGUAUGAACUCACACUCGCACUCACCUCGGAGCCGGGCCUGGAUACUUGGUGGUCGAACGUCGUUCAGAUACUGCGCGAGAAUUAUUGUGCAGAGCGGGUAUCCCUCGCCGUUCCAGCGGAUACUACGGAUCCUGAAAACAUUCCAUGGGGCCAAAAGGCCACCUUUAAUGCUGUAGAGGAAGAUAAGUUCAGCUUGGCUUAUCUGGCGCAGAGCCACCAAGAUGCGGCGAGCGAGGAGGAGGACCCAGAUGCAGUCGUUGCGCCGUCGUCGGGCGAAUCUGUAGCACCAGCCGAGCAUCUCGAGUGGUCCAUGGCCUCACUCUUAGGGCAUCGGCCUCGAUUAGCUAGUCGUCACUCUUUCUCUGGAUUUGAGGCUCGGAAAAAGCGUUCAUCGCUUGGCGCGGCGCAAGUCCCCGAAGUGAAACAACCGAGACCUGCAGCAUCUCGUACUAAAAGCGUUUAUACAUCUGACCAAUUUUCACAACAUUCAAGAUUAGCUGUGCCUUUAUCUUCUUCCCAGUUGAAUACAGAGUCUUUGAAAAAGCACGCUGCUAUGGAAGCCUCUGGAGAAGCCAAGGAUGCGCCUAUUGGCGAACCAGCGCAACGGGAAGCGCGCGGUAGAAUGUUUCCCGUUCUACAAGCCUUGGACUUCGAAGCCCAGCCGUUGCUUGAUCCCGGAGGUGUCCACAGAGUCCUAGAGAAGAGUGACGUGGUUGUACUUUCCAGGGAAUAUAAUGCGCAUACAUUUGAGUCGGAGAAUGUCAACAUCGAUCAGGGAGAGCGCUUUCAACCAGCAGCACAUUCCGAGGAUCUGCAUCACGAGCGAUUGACAUCUACCUCAGGAAAGACGGGACAUGUGCCAGCAACCGGAGAAAAGUCGCAGGGCGCAUUUCAGAAAGACCUGGCGGGUGCUCGUCCCAAUUCAGACGAACUGGAGAACACUUUGCACCUACCUCGCAACGAGCGCGGCCCAAGUGAGCCAUCGUCGUAUGAAGAGUUUGAACAAACACCUGCAUCUCCAUGGGCGCAGUCGCCAGCACCUUCGCCUGCUAUUCGAUCAGACACUAAUGAGAACCCCUUCUUCGCUGCGGCAACCGUUGAUGAAAGCUCAUUCAGCCCUAACCCAGUCUCGCAAGAUUAUACCACUGGAAAGCAAGUCGAGGCCAUUGGUGUCGAUCAUGCUACCACGAUUGUUCACGUUCCCCUCUAUCAUCCUUUGCUAUCCAAAUCUGUCCAGCCAGCUCGAUUCGAGUCCAAUUCGGCUUUCAUGGCAAACACAGAUGCCGGCCUGGGCGUCUAUGGACACUCUAUUCCUGAAUCGGUGAAGACGGGUUCAGGUCAUAAAUUCCACGAUAAGAAAAUCCCAAUUGCUAUUCUUUCUAUCCUUUCUUCCGUCAUACCCUAUCCUUCAAACCUAAGCCAGUCGCUGUCUCUGCUUGGACCUCACCUUGCAACAUCUUUUUCACUGGCUCGCCACUAUACAACCGUGGAGAGUGAGGCCAGUGGGUUAGCACGACGACGUUACGGAUCGUCUUCGGCGCUUGGAUUCGGCGCGGUGAUAGACCAGGGCCGUCCACUGGAUGACCUCGCCAGCCUUGAGCACGCUCUCCAAUUGGGUUCCGAAGAAGGCCCGACCGGCUCCAUCACUGGCAGCAUAACAAGCCCCAGUGAGUAUUCCGGCGUUUCCAAAAGUAGUCCGCCCGGCUCCCUGGGCGGCACGCCAACAGGCGAGGCUCAUGCCCAUCCGUACCCAAGCGACAGGCGAUCUAUUGGUGGCACUCCUGGCCGUCCAGGAACACUCGAGCCAAAUGACAGCUACUUUGUUUCGAAAAAGCCCGGCCAUUUGAGUAGGUCUAAUAGCGGGGUAGUGCCGACAUUGCCUGUAAUGAGUCUAUCAUCGACCAAGCAGACAUCGAAUGCUCCUGAGUCCCAAUGGAAGAGGCGGUCGGGUGACAAUCGAGGUGUGCAGCGAGACGUCACCUCACCAACAGAGGAGGAUAUAGAUCGCAUUGUGCCUGAAGAAGACCAGGAGAUUGGCACCAUGGAAUAUGAGCUCAGCCUGGCGAAGCGUGGAAGCGGACAGCGCUCGGAACGGACAAGGAGAAAGACGGAAAUUUCAAUAUCAGGGUCAAGCGCCGGAUCACAGUGGGAAGGCCGUCUUUCUGCUCGCGCUUCAGAUCCGUCUGCAUCGCAACGAAAACAGGCACCCUGGUUUGGACAUGCUCAAGGCCUGAGAAAGGGAGAGCGUCCACAUACACUUCUCCAUUCAUACGGUGCGGAUUUCGGUGCUACAUAUCAGUCGCUACCUUCCGCUACGUCCGUAGGAUCCCGGCCAAGCGUUGUACGAGCCCAUACAAGAACUGCCUCUGGGUCACUGACUACGCCAGAGUCAAACAUGCCACCACCUUCUGAACGACUUUUACGUACGAUUAUCGACUCAAUCCCUGUUCAAAUAUUUACGGCGGCCCCCCGGACGGGCGCUCUGACGUGGGUCAAUUCAAAAUUUUUGACUUAUCGAGGUCUCACUGUCGCUCAAUUUUCUGAAGAUCCUUGGCAAAGUAUUCAUCCAGAGGAGUGCGAGGACUAUUUGAAAUCUUGGGUACAGGCGCUACGGAGCAGCCAAGGCUUUUCACGCCAAGUUCGAAUCCGUAGAUUCGAUGGCCAGUACCGCUGGUUCUUUGUCCGCGCGGCUCCUUUGCGAGAUACAAGAGGCGUGACGGUACAUUGGUGUGGUACCUUCAUGGACAUUCACGAUCAACAUGUUGCUGAAGUCAGUGCUGCCCGUCAAAAGGAAACCGCGCAAUCCGAGGCCAAGUACCGUUCUCUGGCGAAUUCAAGCCCACAAAUAGUUUUUGCUGCCACCCGAGAAGAGGGAAUAACAUUUGCCAAUACGCAGUGGCUCUCCUAUUCUGGGCAGCAUUUUGAGGAUGCUCUAGGCCUUGGAUUUACCGAGUACGUUCAUCCAGAUGAUCUUGUCAAAUGCAGACUGCCGCAGUUUAGCGACCCAACAUCUACAGAGCCCAGUGCACGUCCUUCUCCAGGAGGUGGCGAUAUAGCCGCCUCUCCCACUCCUACGACGCAAAUUGGAGGGAGCAAAAAGGUUGACAUUUCGUCGACCGACUUUUCUGAGCUCACUCGUAGCGGGGUUAUCAAAGUUUCCAAGGACAGCAAUGGCAAACCAUCCUAUUCUACAGAGAUUCGGCUCAGGAAUAAUGAUGGAGAAUAUCGUUGGCACCUUGUGCGAUGUUUAGCGGUGGACUCAAUUAAUUUUGGGAACGGUGAAGGCUCUUGGUUCGGCACUUGCACCGAUAUCAAUGACCAUAAGCUCCUCGAGCAAAAGUUGAAAGAGACUAUGGAUUCAAAAACGAGGUUCCUUAGCAACAUGUCUCAUGAGAUCCGAACCCCACUCAACGGCAUUUCCGGAAUGGUCAACUUCUUGUUAGACACUCCCUUAACAGAGGAACAGAUGGAUUCGGUCAAUAUUGUUCGAACGAGCUGUGAAAACCUUGGCUAUUUGAUCAAUGACAUUCUUGAUUUGUCCAAGGUGGAAGCUGGCAUGGUCAAGCUUUCUUUCCAGCCAUUUUACGUACGUUCAGUCAUUGAGGAAGUCAACGAUCUGAUUUCUGCAUUAGCGAUCAAGAAGCGCUUGGAGCUUAAUUAUAUUGUCGAUGAUGAUGUGCCCGCCCUUGUCAUGGGUGAUCGGAUUAGAAUCCGGCAAGUUCUACUGAACAUUAUUGGAAACGCCAUUAAGUUUACCUCGCGGGGUGAGGUAUUCCUUCGCUGUCAGGUUUAUCGGAGCCAGCAAAGCGCUAUCAGACAUCAGGAGAUCAUGCUGCAAUUUGACGUCGAUGACACUGGAAGCGGCUUCACAGAAGCAGAGGCAGAACUCUUGUUCAAACCUUUUAGUCAGAUUGAUGGUAGCAGCACCCGCCAGCAUGGUGGUAGUGGCCUUGGGCUCGUCAUCUCGAGGCAGCUGGUCGAAUUACAUGGAGGUCAGAUGAAUGCCACCAGCGUGCCUGGCAAGGGAUCCACUUUCACAUUUUUCGUGAAGUUCCAAUUACCGCCAGAAGAAAGUAGACCCGAAGGCCAACGAAAGUCUCAAAAUGUAUCGGAGACACCCAAUAUUGAGUCGACCAAGUCAGGACAAGCAAAGGAUUCGUCCGCUGUGGGCGAACAAGAAAUUAUCCGCCCGCUCUUGGCAAAGACGUACACUCAGUCCCCUGGGAACCCGGGCGUCCCCGGCACCGAAUCCAUCCAGAGUUCCCCCGCCGUCUUGUCCUCUGGUAGCUCAGCGCCCUCAGUUGGCUCCUUGCGAACUUUCCAGUCCGACCGGUCUUCAAUGUCGUCAAUCUUGCCCAGUAAUUUGCAAGGGGGAGAGGAUGCUGGAAAGAUGAAUCUCAAGCUUCCCUCAGUUGGACGUCUCUCCCCCAGCGAUUCUCGCCCGGCGACCUCUCGUGGUGGUAGCCCGAUGCGUCCGCCCAUGUAUUCUGUUUUGGUUGUGUGUGCGCUUGAACAUAGCCGGGAGGCGACAAUGAGGCACCUUGAAAAAACACUUCCGGAGGAUAUCCCUCAUCAGAUAACAACUCGAUCUUCUUUGCCAGAAUGCCAGAGGAUGAUUGGUGGAAAUGAUCCGGUCGUGUUCACGCAUAUUGUUAUCAAUCUCAGCGAAGCGGACGAAGUCAUUGCCUUUAUGGACCAGAUUUUCCACUCUGACCUGCAUCCGAGAACCUCUGUGAUUAUCGCGUCGGAUUCUGUCCAGAAGCGUGAGAUUAUUGACCGAGCGCCACACCUUGACAUGGAUAAACUUGUCAAGCAGCUUAGAGUGCUCUUUGUUUUCAAGCCUCUGAAACCUUCAAAGUUUGCCGACAUUUUUGACCCAAACAAAGUGAGGCAGCUGAGUACAGAUCGCAAUCGCGACAGUGCACAGCAAGUCGCUGAAAGCCAAAGACAAGUCUUUGCAAACAUGGAGAACGUGAUCGGUAACCGUGGUCAUCGUAUUCUGCUUGUCGAAGAUAACGAGGUCAACCAACUGGUUUUGCAAAAGUUUUUCCGAAGAAUAUCCGUCGUUGUUGAGACUGUUUCCGAUGGAGCGCAGUGCAUUGAACGAGUAUUUAGUCAACCUCAUGCGUUUUAUUCUGCUAUCAUUUGCGAUCUUCAUAUGCCCAACAAAGAUGGUUAUGAGACGUGUCGUGAAAUUCGACAAUGGGAAGAUAAGCAGCACUUUUCGGAGCACGAUUUGAUUCCAAUAAUUGCUCUCUCGGCCAAUGUCAUGGCAGACGUGGUCGAUAAGUGCAUUGAGGCCGGGUUCAACAAUUAUGUAUCCAAACCGGUGAAUUUUGGCGAGCUGAGCAAAGUGCUCAUGGAUCUUUUGAAUCCAGCACGACCUCGCCAAUUGAUGCGUCACAACUCGCAUCCUAUUUAAAUCUUGUUGUUUGCGGGGUUGAAUUAUUCCGAAAAUGACAUUGUGAAGGUCAUAAGGUGGCGAUGGGUGGUUUUCUGCAUCAGCGCGUGGCGAACUGGCGUGGUUCUGAGAUUUUUCAUUUUUUCCCCGUGGGGAGCGAAGGGGAGAAAAGGCGUUGCAUGGAGAUGUGUCAGUAUUUCCCAUAGCCCCUCUCUUUCGUCCCAACUUUUUUCUAUAAUGAAUUUGACUAGCAUCCCUAGCCUCUGCCCAUGGGCAUGCUCUCUGCGUACUGAAAGUAUUGACCUGUUUUCUUUCUUUUUCUUUGCUACUUUAUUUUUUUUUCCCUUUACCUUUUGUAUGAUAGCUUAGAUACUCUGCUUUAUUUUACUUCUUUUUCUUAUUUCCCUCCCUUUACCCCUCUUUCUCUUUUCUCUACUUUUUUUUUUUUAUUUUUUUUUUAUUUUUUCA